GAGAAAGAGAGCAGCUGUAGUUUGACUUUGACAAACCAGGGUGAAGCGAACAGCCCGAAGUGAGGUGAACGUCGCCGGAAAAGUUCCGGGAGCCAUGACAGCAGGAGCUUUCUCAUCAUCAAAACCCGGCAAUCUCCUCUGCCAAACCCCUUAUUUCACUCACCGCUCACCAAAGCUUUCCUUCCCUGAUGUCUUCUUCCCACCGGAUAAUCGGAGGAAUCGAUUUCCGGCGGUUUCAGUGACAUCCGAGAACUCCGCCGCAGACCUGCCGCCGCUGGUGGUUGUCGGGUCUGCGAACGCCGACAUCUACGUAGAGAUCGACCGUCUCCCGGGGGAGGGGGAGACGGUAGCGGCCAAGUCCGGCCUGAACCUAGCUGGUGGCAAGGGCGCGAACCAGGCGGCUUGCGGCGGCCGCCUCUCGUAUCCGACAUACUUCGUCGGCCAGAUCGGCGACGACGCCAAUGGGAGGCUGAUCAGGGAUGCGCUAGAGACCAGCGGCGGCGUCCGGCUGGAUUACGUCGCGUCGGUCGGCGGCACCCCGACGGGGCACGCGGUAGUGAUGCUGCUGGCGAACGGGGAGAACUCGAUCAUAAUCGUGGGGGGCGCGAACAUGUGCGGGUGGCCUAGCGUUCUGGGGGACGAGGAGGGUCUGGAGGUUGUGAAGAAGGCCGGAGUUGUCUUGCUUCAGAGGGAGAUUCCUGAUUCCGUUAACAUUCAGGUCGCAAAGGCUGCGAGGAGUGCGGGUGUUCCGGUCAUCUUAGAUGCUGGAGGAAUGGACACGCCGAUACCUCCUGAACUUUUGAGUUAUGUUGAUAUCUUUAGCCCAAACGAAUCUGAGCUUGCCCGUCUGACGGGAAUGCCGACAGAAUCUUUUGAAGAUGUUGGCCGGGCUGUACGGAAGUUCCACGACAUGGGAGUUAAGCAGGUCUUAGUGAAACUCGGGGCCAAAGGAUCUGCCUUGUUUGUGGAAGGGGAAGAGCCGAUCAAACAACCCAUCAUAUCAGCUCCAAAGGUAGUCGAUACGACUGGAGCUGGCGACACGUUCACUGCUGCGUUUGCUGUAGCUCUGGUUGAAGGCAAAUCCAAGGGGGAGUGUCUGAGAUUUGCUGCUGCUGCAGCUUCUCUGUGUGUUCAAGUGAAGGGAGCCAUUCCUAGCAUGCCUUCAAGGGAAUCAGUAACGGGUCUUCUUCAGUCUCUCAUCCACAGUCCUGCUUAGCUAUUCAUUUUUUUUUUUUUCUAUAAUCUGAAGAUGACGAACGACCGUGUAAACAAAUAAAUUAGGCGGACGAUUUUGUCAUCGAUGAAUUCCUAAAAUGAAGCGAAAGUUGGGAUAGUUUUUUUGAAUGGCAUGAAUGUUCGUGUCA